UACAGCAGCUUGGCUUAGCAUCACCUGGUUUGACCACAAACCGUACAAAAAAAUACUCGUAAAUAAGUUUUAGUUUCUCAACAGUCAUAUAUUGUAAAUCGUUUAUUUAAACUAGAGCCAAACUACGGGGAGCAUGACGGUUUGGAGGCUAACGAGCUAUCGACAAGCUGGCUAACGUUGUGACGAAGUUAGCCAGCAAAGGCAGCCGACACCACGAGCUAAUUCAGCACACAUCCAGCGGCUGGUGCGGUAAUUCAGGAAGAAGCGGGGCCAUGGGUGCGGAGAGCAGCGCGCUGCGGGGCUGUACUCUGCUGGGGGAGCCGCUCAUGACGCUGCCCUCUGGACUCACCAUGUACUCGGCGGCUCUCCAGGACGGAAAGCCUGCGUCCGUGUUUGUUCACAAGCGGGGCAAUGAAGACAAAGUCAACAAAGCUGCCAAGCAUUUAAAGACACUACGGCACCCGUGCCUGUUGCGCUUCCUGUCCUGUUCUGUGCAGGAUGGUGGCAUCCAUCUGGUAACAGAGCAUGUGCAGCCCUUGGAGCUGCUUCUCGACAGUCUCUCCCCUGAGGAAAUCUGUGCAGGCAUCUAUGACAUCCUGCAAGCGCUUGUCUUUCUGCAUGACAGGGGUAAACUGAGCCACAACAACGUCUGCAUUUCAUCUGUGUUUGUCAGUGAAGAUGGUCAUUGGAAACUGGGAGGGAUGGAGACUGUAUGCAAGUUUUCUGAAGCAACUCCUGAGUUUCUCCUUAGCAUCGAGAAUGCAAGAGAGACCAGCUAUGUUCCUCCUGAAGAGCAGGUUAAAGACUUUGAAAUCCUCCCAGAUACACAUGCUCAUGCUCGGGACUGUUACUCUUUUGGAAUGAUGGUGGAGGCUCUCAUCCCUCUGCUCAAUGGUUAUGUGUCGCGGGAGCUGUCCGACAGUCUCACAAAAACUCUGCAGGCCGGCCUGCUGAACUCUGACCCCAUGGCUCGACCCUCACUCAGCUCCUUACUGACUCAUGACUUUUUCCGGAAUGACUUUCUAGAAGUGAUGAAUUUUCUGAAGAGUCUCACCCUGAAGACAGAAGAGGAAAAAAAUGAAUUUUUUAAAUUUCUUCUAGAUCGUGUCCAGACACUUCCAGAAGAGCUGAUAGCUGCACGUCUUACCCCCAAACUUCUCAACUCACUGGUUUUUGCAGAACCCAUGGCAGUCAAGAGUUUCCUCCCUCAUCUUCUAAGGCCAAAGAAGGAUGCCAAUCAUGGUAGUAGCAAUGAAAAUUGUCUGCUGUCUGUGGCUCUUUACCAUAAACAUGUGAUACCUCAGCUUCUAAAACUCUACAAAGUCAAAGAGGAACACGUCCAGAUUGUGCUACUGACUCACAUCCACCUCUACGCUGGAUUCUUCUCCCAUGAUGAACUUAAAAACCAGAUCCUACCUCAGAUUUUGUUAGGAUUGAGAGACACCAAUGAUGCUCUGGUUGCCAUGACGCUGCAGAGUUUGGCGGUGUUGGUACCUCUGCUGGGGGCUCAUGUGGUUGUUGGCGGAGAAAGAACAAAGGUCUUUAAACGCACCACGCCCAGUUUCACAAAGUCUACAGAGGUCACCCCUGAAACUUCUCCUAUCCAUGUAGUUGGAAGCUCCCACCUUCAGAUGGCUCAGCCUACCAAAGCUUUAAAUUUCUUCCCCAAACCAUCAGGAACUGAGAGUUUGGUCCUCAGUCACUUUGAGAACUUGGCAGAUGCUCGACAGAAACCAAGAGUUUUUGUACCAACAUCAGAUGUCAUGCAACAUGUGUCUCUGCCCUUGAAUGGCUUUUAUCAGGACGGUGAGAUAAAACCAUUGUCUCACAGCUCAAAACAGACUGACAGACUAGAGGGUGGAGAGGAAGACUGGCCUGACUGGAGUGACCGUGACGAAGGCGAAAGAAGAAAAGGAAAACCAGUACAGAUUCACAUUCAAGCCUCAGAAGUAGUUGGUUCAGUGAGCACCAGGCUGACACAGGAAAACACAGAAGAGGAGCCAUGGGAUGAUUUUGAGGACACUGACUCAAAUCUCUCACCUACAGCUUCCUUUGCAGACUCGGUCGUUCUUAUGCCUCCCAGAGGGAGUACUAGUGCAUCUGUUAAACAUGCUCCUCAAACAUUGAAGCUCGGUUCCUCGAAACCCCUUAAACUGACUUCAACACUGCAAGAGUCAAUGCAGAGCAGGAGUCCUCCAUCAUGGGACAAUGCCCGGGGUCAAAAAACUGCUUCUCAGAAGUCACACUACCCAUCAGUCCCAGAGCACAAAUCUGCAGUGCCACAAGUCUGUGGUAGAACUCAAGGUCUAGGGGAUGAGUUUACCAUCAAGGUGAAGAAAAAGGUAGUGGAAGACCCAGAACUGGAUUUAUUUGCAGAUAUGGUGCCAGACAUUAAGUUGUCCUUCUCAGCUCUACUGCCAAUAGAGAAAAGUGCACGUGAUGCAGGACCAUCUGGAGCCUCUCCAACAAACACUCGAGCUCUGCAGACUGACUCAUUUUUUGAUACUUCAACACUUACUGCCAAGUUUGCAGCAGCCAACCUGUCUGAGACCGAAACAGACGGCUGGGGAGAUGGAGACUGGGAGGAGAGCGCCUGGUGAUGACGCUUGACCCAAAGUCCAUCUGAAGUAAAACUUUUAACCACUGGAGACCUUUAAUCCAUCCACCACAUCUGGAUUGCCACUUCCCCACAGAGCAGAAAAAUGAAAGUAGCUUCUUAUCUAAAGCAAUGCAGUAAAAACAGGGAGGGGCUGAUUUCUAUAUGUGACAUUAAUCGGUACAUUUACUAUAGGAUCUUGCUUUGAACAGGUAAAGAUGGCUGUCCAAUGGUGCUGGAUUUUGACAAAUAAAGCAGUUUAUAAUUGGUUUGCCAACUGACUAUAAUCCUCUCAAGAUGAUAAAGAAUCCUAAAUAGAGGGGAAUUAUCUGCCUUUUUUCCUUUAAAUGUGCCAAAUUACCUAGGCAUUAAGCUCCAGAUAAACUUUUUGCAGGACAAUUUUUAAUAAAGUUUGAUUUACUAAAAGCUUGCACUUGGAAUAAAUGUGAGGUAGGAAAAACAUUAUUUAAGCUUUUGUUGAUGGUGAAAUAAACAUUUUACUGUAUGAAGUGCUUUACUCUCCUUAUUCACAUUAUGAUUU